CCUAUCUACGGUUUCCCGUUCCUCUUCUUAUCCUUGUUCGUUUCGACUUCGCCUGGUCGCCUGAGGUAGAAUUUCGAACUAAAAAGCUUCUUCGCCGUUCUAUUUUCCUGCCGGAUCGGAAGUUACUACAGAGACGCCUCCUUCGACGAAGUUCUUUGCCUCCUUUGACGACGACGCGGGAGCUCGCUCGCUGCGACGGAUUUACAUUAAAUCCUGCUCAAAUCCGAUACCAAAUAGCUCCAUAGGAUAUAUUCUCUUACGGACAGGGAAUAAAAAAAAGCUGAGACGGCUAAUUGACAAAGUUUUCCAAUUAAUUGUUCCAAAAUAUGUUAAAUGAUGGAUCCCUGAUUUCAACAACGAUGGAUCAGUUAUAUUUGGAUACUUCUCUAGCUUUACCUAAUCAAAAUGGUCAAAUUGAUAUUUGUGAUGAUGAUUCUAAGGAUAUAUGGGGUGAAGAUGAUGUUUCCUUUGUCGAUGAUAAGGAUUCAAGUGAUUCAUUUGCCUUAAAUAGGGAGUGGGAGAGGAGGCAGAGCCAAUUUCAUACAAUGGGCUUCAGAGAUGGCAUAAGUGCUGGGAAGGAAGCUUCUGCUCAAGAGGGCUUCAAUCAUGGAUUCAGGGAAUCUGUUUAUGCUGGCUAUAGCUGGGGUCUUGUUCGUGGCAUUUCCAGUGUGAUUUCAACUCUCCCUGAUCAUUUAAAGGAAAAGUUGACGAGUAAUCAACAAAAUAAAGAAAGGUUUCAGAAAUUGUAUGAAUCAACCCGGGCAAUUUCAUCCAAUAAAGCCCUCCAGAUUUUUUACAGUAGCAUACAACAGAAUGGCAGUGGAGAUUCUCAUGAACUUUGUGAAGAUAGUCGCUGCAAUCAGCUAGAUGUUCUAUCUAAAGAUCUUAAUGAUCUCCUUCGUGAUUCUGUAGAGCUUAAAGUGGAUCUAGGCCUGAAAAAGGAUUCAGCCAUUAACGGUUAAGUGAUAGAAUUAGAUCUUGCUGGCAACAUGAUACUUGAAGCUGGUUGCCGCUUGCCAAUCAAGAUAGAUUUCCUUUUCAUACUUAUGCAGCGCUAAGGUCGGCCAGGACCAGAUCUUCUUUGAUUUUUGAAGCUCAUACGAGCCAUUAUUGGAGGGUAGCCGGUAGUGACCUAGCGGCAAAAAUAGUUCUACAGCAGACUUACCGUUAGAUUUUUAAAUUUUGUCUACAUAUAUAUAGUAUUGGUUUGGUAAGUUAUUAUUGUGUUAAAUUGUAUAGGAGAAGACUUUGUUCUAAAUGACUGUAUGACAAAGUAAAAUUAUGCUUAUAUUAUUAGGUUUUCAUAGAGUA